AUGGCCAUUGGAAGACAUGUACUGCUAGACCCAACAAAGCACCAGACGGCAGAACACAGUCGAGUGCUCUCGAUUCUAACGGACCUAGUCACAAUAGCAGCCGACGAUGCAAGCAGCCGUACGAGUGGAAAUGGGCGUGGGCGUAUGAGUAUGCUUGAGCGCACACAGUCCUCCACAUACACCCCUACGUACAUGGCUGAAGGGGUGCGCCCGGCGUACGCGCCUGCUCAAGCUCGAGUGGGAAGGUCGGUGGUAGAUGGUGGUGGUAGUAAUUCAUCGUCUGUAGAAAUAUUGCACUCGUGCCAAGCACGUGCAACGUAUGACAGUCCAAAAAGUGCGGAGCAGGUGGCAGACAGGGUAGUGACUACCAGACCUACAUACACCCGCGUACACGUCUUGGGCUAUGGGAGCGAGGACGCCUCGGCUUAUCCAUACCAAGUAUCCCGAACUUCAGAGCGAGAUGAGAGGGAUACCUACUCGGACAGUUGGCAUGGCAACCCAAGUGGUGUGGAGGGUAACCACGCACGUGUAGAUAUGGCGAGUUCGUCCCGGAAUACCAAUAGCGGGAUCGAGAUCAUAGGUACCUCACCUCAUGUCCGCACUUAUAGGAGGGACUAUGCUCAGCCGAGCCACACACGGCCGCCGUGGGAGAGGCACACGGUUGAGCAGGGGCCUAUGGUACGGCAACGGGAGCUGCGUAUGCGUCAGGAAGGUAGGUCUGAUGUUGAUAGAGGAGUAGGGGAACGCUCACCAGGUGUCUACCCGCAGGAGGAUCGGUCGUACAAGGACGGGGAGAGGCCGUACAAGGACAGUGAGAGGUCGUACAGGGACAGGGGGCGAUUGUACAACGCGAGUGUGCACGUGCCACAACCUCACCCGGCGCACUCAGACGCGCGCCUGGAUAGCUAUGCGCGACACCAACAACACCAACGGUCCUACAAGGACACGCAAGGGCCAAGCACAGACACCCGAGGAUAUGCGCAGACACAGCGCAUGUGCACAGACACCCGCACCAUGCACACCACAACGCCAAGGGUGUCUACAGCAACCCGGCCAAGCACGCGUACGGGGACGCUGAUUGCGGAGCGUAGUCUUUCGCAUGGUAGUGGUAGUGUGAAGUCUCGGCGCAGUGCGAGAGAUGGGCCUUCGGCAGAGGCUGUACGUUGUGCUGUUGCUGGGCGUAGUAGUCCGCAGAUCUCAGUCCAUAGCGCUGGACUGCGGGAGAGGGAGUAUGUGACGCAUAGCGAUACACGGGCGUAUGGAGAAGGGCGCCCACAGACGGCCGAUCAGGAGCACAGCGGUAAGUAUACGCCAGGCGAUGCAGAUAGCAACUCACAGGCCGGUGCUUACAGUACAUACCCGUACCAGGCUGCACACAACAGGGGAGAACAGCACGUACAGUCCCAAGAAACCCAGCCACGACGAGAGACGGUCCCUACACGGUUACAGAGAGUAUCGAGCCGUAGCCCCAUGGGCCGGAGCUCGCCAGCCAAUGAAACACUGCCAACACGCACGUUACGCAACGCUACUGACAACGCCAAUAGUCAUUCGGUCCAGGAGGUAUCAGCCAAUCAGAAUACAGGGUUAUACCAGGGGACCAAUCAGAAUACAGAAAUGCGCACAACAACCGAUCAACAACGGGUACGGUCACCAGUUUCAUACCAAGGGAGCAAUCAGUAUACAGGGACAGGAAUGCACGCAACAACCAAUCAACAACGGGCGCAAUCACCAGUAUCACACCACGGGACCAAUCAGAAUACAGCAAUGCACGCAACAGCCAAUCAACAACGGGCACAGGCACCAGCUUUAUAUCACGGGACCAAUCAGAAUACAGCAAUGCAUGUAACAACCAAUCAACAACGGGCACAGUCACCAGUUUCAUACCACGGGACCAAUCAGAAUACAGAAUUACAUGUAACAACCAGUCUACAACGUGCACAAUCACCAGUCUCAUGCCACGGGACCAAUCAGAAUAAAGCAAUGCACGCAUCAACCAAUCAACAACGGGCACAAUCACCAGUUUCAUACCACGGGACCAAUCAGAAUAAAGCAAUGCACGCAUCAAUCAAUCAACAACGGGCACAGUCACCAGUUUCAUACCAUGGGACCAAUCAGAAUACAGUAAUACAUGUAACAACCAAUCAACAACGAGCACAGUCACCAGUUUCAUACCACGGGACCAAUCAGAAUACAGCAAUGCACGUAUCAACCAAUCAACAACGGGAACAGUCACCAGUUUCACACCACGGGACCAAUCAGAAUACAUCAAUGCAUGUAACAACCAAUCAGCAACGGGCGCAAUCGCGGCCACAAUCAGCACACAGCUAUAUCGGCGUGAGAAGCAUACCAUCAUCUUCUCCUUCACUCAGGGCAGGGAUGCCAAAUGACAUCCGCAGAUCUAUUAAUAGACUAACACCGUCACACAGCAUGGUAGAUCUACACCGUAAUUCGUCACGUGGCUCUAGGAGCGGUUCAGCACACUGGCACUUGAGCACGGAAAGCGGGAUCAAAGUGGGACCAGGGAAGGCCCCGAGACACCGAUUAGGAGUGGCGUCACGGGGGGAUGUGCGCGAAAGGACCGCUUCGCUCCUGUCCUACGACAGCGCGGUCGAGGUUUGCGUGUGUGAGCAGAGAGUGUGUGUAUGUCGACAUGCCAGUGUGCAUACACAUGCACACGCCGACACACCCACGGUGCGCAGCUACGACACCCUGAUCGAGGCUGGCUGCGAUGAGGUGCAGCGGGAGAGAGAACCUGUCACACAACCCAGAGACGAGGGGGAGUAUCCGACGGGAGCGGCCCAUCUGCGUGUGAAAAGUCCUACUGGGGACAACAGGUACGACAACUUGCCGUACCACCGGAUGAGUGGUCAUGUGCCGACAGGGGUAGGCGCAGGAGUGGGUGGCCGUGAGCGUACGGCAGCCGAUAGACUGACACACCAGCGGAUGCGUACACAGACGCAUGAAACGGACCAUGUGCUGGCACACCCUACAAACCGCACAGGGCUACCCGGACAGGACAGACCGAUACAAAGUCUAGGGGACACCGUAAGCGUUGAUGAUUCACCCCAACACGACAGGGCCAUACCUGUGGCGGAGACGGUGGAGGACGAUGCGGCUGAGUGGGAAACGGAGUGUGUGCUGGCACAUGGGAGUGUGAAGCCCAGCCACGGCCAAGGCAGAGACGGGACACCGGGGUACGGAGAGCCUGGAAGGGGCGUGAGAAGGUCACCUGACCUGUAUAUGCAGACAUAUGCGAGUGUGGGUCGGGAAGGGCAGGCGCCAGCGCAGGUGGACGCAGAAACUGGGCCACUCCAGUGCGGCACGCAGGGCGUCUUUGGUACGAGUGAGAGAACUCAUCCGUCAGUCACAGCGGCGGCGGUACCGGAGCAGCAACCCACUGUACACGACGCUGAGCUGGUGUUGGGGCUCAGCAAAGCGCUCAUGGGCAGUGUCAGACCUACUGUGGGUGGGCCAACAACGGACACGCCGACGACCGAGAUGUCAAGGCUAGAGGUGCACGCACACCAAUCGGCAGCGGUGGCGCGCAGGGGGUCUGAAGAAGGGCCUCGCAGGGGGUCUGAAGGAGGGCCUGUCGGUGGUAUGGCGUUGGGUGAGAAUGCGCAGGAGAGUGAGGCUGAAACUGCGAAGGCGACUGAGAAGGGUGAAGCAGAUGUGUGCAUGGAUGUUGCUGAGAAGGGUGAAGCAGAUGUGUACGUCGAUGUGGCUGUGAAGGGUGAAGCAGAUGUGUGCAUGGAAGAGGCUGAGACGAAAGGUCCGUCAGGCUGUGCACAGGUGUCUGAUAACCAAUUGGCAGUGGGCGCGGGUGAUGUUGUGGUGCGUGCGAGCCAUGCGAUUAACAGACUGAGUGCCGAGCGAAACGAUGGCAGCGACACAAAACACGCUUAUGACUGUACUCAAACGGAUACCGUGGUAGAGGCCGGAGAUCACAUCCUAGCGGAUCGGGAGGGGGACAUGACGCCGCCUGUGCGCUCGGUUGCUGACUGGAGUAUCCCAGAAGAGGUGCAAAACGGCCCUGCAAAGGAAACCGGGGCGGCCGACACCAGCCGGACAGACCAUCAACGGCAAGCCAUCAAUCAGCCACCGCCGGGAGACGGGGUGUGGGCGCAAGGCACGGAAGGAGCCUUGGACCAGCCCUGCCAGGGGGAUGGUGGAGAAAAGACCCGAAGUUCGGAGGGUGUGUUUGAUUGGGUGCUCAAUGCACCUGGUGUGGCCCAGGUCACCGUGCUGCCGUACGGCCAGUUACCGUCGCGGUUGUUGAGUUGGGACACCGGUGACUCGGUAGUACAGACAGCGGAGGACUGUGGGAAGGAGGUGCACGCAGCGGCAGCCACACGGCGGCACACGCAAGAGGAUGCCGCUGAGACACUACAGCCUGAGACUCAUGGUAACGAGAGGGAUGGCAUGGCCCCCGCAGCUGAGGAUGUCCGGGCACACACCCGCGCGACGGCGUAUUGUGAAGCAUCAGACCCCGAGCUUGUGGAUUGGGACGGUGAUGUAUCUGUAUGCCCAGCAGAGGAAGCGAGCGUUUGUGUUACGGGAGACUCUGCUACCAACAUCACCACACCCGCACAGACGUCUAUUGAGUCACGUUCAGUACUCGGUGGUGCCGGUAGGGGCACCCGUGCCACAACUGGGAGCUUUAUCCUUGUACCCGAUACGGAGACUGGAGCACACCCCCUCUCCGAAGAAAGACGUGAGAAGAUACUCGCGAGUGCUAUCCGCAAAGACGUAGCGGUCCGCCCUGCCGAGGACAAAACUGGCCCACACACGCGUGAUAGGGCAAACAGCGCCAAUGCGAAGGUGUUGGGUGUUGGGUCGCCCGACGUGGCUACAGGUAUGAUGGAGAGUGUGAAGGAGAGUGUGAUGGAGAAUGCGUUGGAGAGUGUGAUGGAGAGUGCGAUGGAGAAUGUGCGAGACAACGCGGACGCCAAAGUGGACGGGGAUUUCUCGGAAGGCGUAGCGGAUGAUUUGUCGUCGAGGGUCGUAUUAGACGUCGUGUCGGAGAUCGCAUCAGACAAUCUGUGCACUCCCGAAGUGGCCCAAUCGUCGGAUAGUUCGGUACAAAAGGUUUCCGAGAAGUCAGUCGACAGGACAGAACUCGCUGCACUCGAGAGAGUGUCGGACGACGCGGUGGACCGAGCAUACGAAUACGAUACUGCGGGAAAGAAGGGGCCAGAGUGCGUGCCUGAGAAGACGUGGGAGAAUGAGACAGACAAUAUAAUGUCCUACACGCCCCGGUGUAUAUCCGACAGUGUGUCUGACCAGAUGGUGGGGCACACCUCGGAGAGCACCCCAGAGUGCGCAUGGGCAGCCUUGCCCCCGAUGACGGCAGCGACUGCGAAAUACGACAUGGAGGGAUCGUCGGACAUUUUGUCGGACAACCUGUGCGACAAAGCGCAUGACAGCGAUGAGCCUGUCACAGAGAACGUCUCAUGCAGCAUGUGGAUUAGAUCGCCAGGGGAGACGUUAGCAAACCCGUCGGUCAAAAUGUCGGAUAUAAGUCCAGAGAAACAACCCGUACACUUGUCGAAGCUGCUGUACAGCCCGUCUCAUGGCACUUCCGGAGGUGUCCUGGUGGCCCUGUCGGAGAAGGCGCAGGUGCCCUCGCCAGGACACGCGUCAGCCGAUACACCGGUGCACGUGGGUGGGCAGUUGUCCGCGAAGUCGUCAGUGGACCGGUUUAGCAAUUCGCCCGAGAAUGGGGUGCAAGUGGGAUCAGAGGCCGUCGGGGCGCUAUCGGAUAAUACGACUGGGGAGUUGUCGGAUGAUGUGACAGCUCUUGCGGCUGAGAGCGAGCGAACAGACCCCGCAGGCAGUAAACAAGAACACGUACCCGGGCCUACAGGCAGUAUUCAAGAACUCGUACCAGGGCCUACAGGCAGUAUACAAGAACACGUGCCAGGGCCCACAGGCAGUAUACAAGAACACGCGCCAGGGCCUACAGGCAGUAUACAAGAACACGUGCCAGGGCGUACAAGCAGUAUACAGGAACACGUACCAGGGCCUACAGGCAGUAUACAGGAACACGUACCAGGGCCUACAGGCACUAUACAAGAACAGGUGCCAGGGCCUACAUGCAGUAUACAAGAACACAUGCCAGGGCCUACAGGCAGUAUACAAGAACACGUACCAGGGCCUACGUCGAAGCAUGUACUGGCGAAGCCCUCGAACAGCUCGCCAACGCAUGUGACUGUUAGUGGGCCUAGCAACACGCCUGGUAAUAUAUCGGCGGAUUCGGCGGCGGAUACUUUAGCGAACAACGAGUCUAUUGAGGAGACUGCCAAUGUGACACAGCGCACGUCCACGGAUAAAGACACGCCAGGGGAGGGCAUGGAGAAAGACUACUUUGUGGGGAGAGAGCGCGGGUGUACGGGGCGCACGACUCGGGCGGGGUGGAGGAGUCUGUGUGCAUUGGGAAGUGCUACAGCACACCAGCCAGUGCGAGAGGACGGGCCCACGGGAGACACGAAACACACACAGACACAUCGACAAUCAGCCGUACACAAGCAGAAGCACAAGCACAAGCCGUCACAGAAGGUAUCGACAGUUACUGGACUGUCAACAGAGGGGGACGUACAACCACCUGGCAAGGGGUGUGUGGCCAUGGCUGAUACGGAGGUGCAAUCGACAGGGGACACUCAGACGCACAGGGGCGAGGCUCGCACGCAAACCGAGCCAGGUGAUGUCCUCGCCUCAGUGGUGUGCGGCAUGGACACGACGCGAAGUGCGGUACAAGAGAGUGCGCACACGACCGUUGCAGCGGGUGAGCAGCACGCGUUGGCGCCAGCGCGAGGAGUCAGUCCGGUACAUGCAGCAGAGGACAGGCGAUUGUCUGGCGUGAGCGUAUCAGCGAACACUGCACUCGACGAGGCUACGGCUAAGACUGCCGAUGGAUCGGACGGCGAGGAUGCGCGCAAGGGCCGCCGUCCCAGAGGUAGGUAUCCGAAGCAGGAGUCAGGUGCUAUAAAUAGAACUGGGAGCGCGUCUGAGUGGGCAGAGGAGUGGGUGCCCCAUGUAACCACUCGCGCCGCUUGGAAUAGCGAGUACGCAGGCACACGCACUCAACAGCGCUCCAUGACACCCAAGGGAACUGAGCGCAUACAGCACACACACCGCAGAGAUACCCACCGAACCAAAGCCGCAUGUAAGGGCACGCUUGAUGAGAACGGAGCCCAGGCGUCUGCGAAGGAGAAGCGUGCGAGUGUGAAGGGGGGUGUGGGUGGGGGCAAGGAGAGGCACCGCACACGGCGUGCGACAGUGGCAGACCUCCCGCCCAGGGGAACGACGACGCGAGCGGCUUGGCACAGUGCCAUGGAUGGUCCCAGGGCUAAGGCUAACCCUACACACAGGGGACGUGGUACGAGACACAACAAGGACAGGGUCAGGCAGGGCAAGGUCAGGGUUAGUACUACACCCGAGCAUGGCAGUAGUGCGUUUGGAUACAGUGACGAUGCCAGAGGAGACGGUAGCCACGGCGACGGGCUGAGUGGCAGUGGGGGGUACUCUGGGCCAGAGAUGACCCGUACGCGCAGGCCACGGGGGAAGAAGCUCGCACGAAAGUACGGGGAGCGCACACGAGAGAGGGCCACACGAGAAACCAGUCGUGCGAGGAAGCGCAAGGCUGUCAGCUACAGAGAGGUCAGUGACAGUGACGGUGACGGUGAGGAUGGCUACGAGUAUGGUGGGCAGAGUAUCGAGGACAAUAUAAGCCCCACCGAUAUCGAUAGCGGACAGUACCAAGCGAGACGGGGUGAAGCUGAGGCUGCAGUACCCAGCACGAAUAGUGCGAGGAGUAAGCGACCGAAGACUGAAGCAGUUGCACAAGGUGUGGAGAAGCGUGUGAUGCAAGACAAUGUCAGCCUGGAGGGCGGCGGAGGUGAGGCACAUGCCGGCCCUGCGCAGAGCAGAGAGAGCGAGAGCAGUGCGAAUGAGAAGGAUUGCCGCACAACCGAUACCUGCGGAGAGAGAGCGGACGAGGGCCAUAAGACAUCCGCGGCUCACAGCGACUACGGCCACAACAAUGAGAGUGAGAGAGAUAUCUACAGCGUGAUCGGCAGUGACAGUGACAGCGACAGUGACAGUGAGGUAGAUGACCACAACGAUAGCGGCGACGAGUACCAGCCAGGCCAAGUGCUGGGCUACAGUGCCUAUGCGCAUGGCAGGGCAAGCAAGCCACGGGUGAGACGGACAGGCGGCACACAGGCGGUAGGGAGCACCAGAGCACGUGCGAUAAAGGGGAGACCACGUGGUCGUGGGAGAGGCACCAACAACACGCGAGGCAGAGGAGUGCGGGGGAAAUCGGCUGACGGAAACGGUGAUGAGGCUCAGACUAAUGGUGACAAACCCGUGCGUAAGCGUACGAGUCCGAGUGGCCGCGAUGUUCGGUACCCCUGUGGCGCCACAACGCGUAAUAUGUGGGGCAAGGCAAUGCGGAUGAAGACAGCAAGUGUCUCGCCUUGAGAUGAACUGUCUGCCUGAGGAGUCGUCUCGGGUGUAGGUUUCCUUACGGUUGCCCGAUUCAGUCGGUGCAGUGGCAAGUACAUUAUCCGCACGCGGUAGCUUUUGAGGAGGAUAGUGUAUUGACUAUAUACACGGCUAGUGCUGCAUUGAAACACAACGGAGAAGCGCAGAGAUACAAUUAUCACUGACGCGACUGUAACUGAGAAACUGUGUUUAGCCCUUCUGCGUGGUGUGUGAAUGUACCCUUGUGAGCCCGUAAUAGGUUAAUCUACUCAGGCAAUUCAGGAUGGUUUUCUCUGCUGUUGAGGAAGUCCCACGACAGCUGUGUAUCUGAAAUGAGGCCUGAAUGAGCUCAGAUUUUAACCAGCAUCACUGGGCCUGUGGUAAAAAAUCUGAAUAUGGGAUUGGAGAUGAGAAGAAAUAAAUACCGCAUGAUUAUAAUGGUAAAGGAAUAUAGGGACUGGAAUCAAAUUAUAAAGAAUAUCAACAAACGUAGGAUAUGCGAGUAUUAAGACUCGAAAGGUAGUUCAACAAGGAUACUACAUGUUAACGAAUACUGGAAAAUAAAAACUACAGUCUCAUUCAUAAAUGAUAUAGGAGAACCUAGAACAUAAGAGUAUUAAAG